GUAAUUAUUCAUGAAAUGAUGCAUGCCAUUGGUUCUUGGCAUGAACAAUCUCGACAGGACCGAGACAGCUAUAUGACUGUUGUUAUGGAUAAUAUUAUAGAAGAUGCUAAAUCAAACUACUAUAUAAGCCAAACAUAUAAUAAUACUCCAUUUGACCCAUCAUCCAAUGUAAUGUAUGGUUUAUAUGCUUUCUCAAAAAAUGGAGAUAAAACAGAAAUCUUCCAUGACUGGAGACAAGAGUUUCUUGCAGGAACUGGAACAACUCUAAGUUUCUAUGAUAUGGCUGAUGUUACUGCGGCUUAUGGAUGUGCUGAUUCGUGUGUCUCACCACCUACCUGUCAGCACGGAGGAUUUGUUGAUCAAACUUGUUCAUGUGCUUGUCCUCCAGAUUUAACUGGCACUGUUUGUCAACAACUUGAUCAAAGUAGUUACAAUUGUGGAGGUACAAUUAAUUUAGCAGGCGGUAUAACAUCUUUCCUGACUUCACCAAAUUACCCAUCGAAUUAUAACACCGGUUUAAAUUGUAAAUGGUUUAUACAGGGUGAUCCUGGCAACCAUAUUAGAGCAACUGUUACCGAUAUGGAUAUAAGCAAUAACAACAAUGCUUGUUAUCAUUGGAUAGAAAUGGUUUAUGACCUUCUUGCCAACAAAGGUCCAGAGCGAUGCGGUACUACAGACCAUGAAGUCUGGGAUACAACUUCCGAGGGAGAAAUGAAUACAAUGAUCAUCAAAUUUAACAGCUUUGUAGGAAGUGAUAAGGCUACAUCCCGUGGUUUCAACAUAACAUUAGCAUUAAUUGGAACAGGAUGUGAGAAUAAUCCGUGUGUUCAUGGCUCGUGUUACAGUCCAAUGAAUUCAAACACCUAUACCUGUACAUGCAUCCAGGGAUUCAUUGGAACCAACUGCGACGUACCCUCAGUGUAUUCAAUAUUCGAGUGUACUGCAGAAGUUGGUCAUUACUGUAUGUUUGUUCAAUCAACUGAUGAUGAUUUAAACUGGGAGAAAAAAUCAGGUCCAUCGACGAAUUAUAUAGUUAGUGGAUAUGAGGGUAUUACUGGUCCAGGUGGUGCAAAAGAAGGAUUUGUAUAUUUAUAUACAAAGUAUAUAAGUGGCAAAAGGUCAACGGGUGAUAAUGCAGUUAUGUCUACAGAAAUAAAUUUUCCAAAGGUCGAGCGAUGUUUGUCAUUCUGGUAUCACAUGCGCAGUUAUUAUGAAUCAAGUAUGGGGACUUUACGGAUUACAAUGACAGAUGAUACUAAUAAAGAAACGUUAUUAUUUACCCGAUCGGGUGAUCAGGGCGUAAAAUGGCUACAAGCAAAAAUAGACAUACCAGCUGUUGAUAAUUUGAAGAUUAUAGUUAACGGAACCAUAGGGAUUCCCUAUAUGGUAGAAAUGGCUCUAGAUGGUAUUUUCUUGGUUCCUGGCACCUGUGCAAGUCCUCUGCCAACACCCGCUCUAACUACACAAACCACAACAACUACUCCGACCACCACAACAACUCUUCCGACCACAACAACUACUCUGACCUCAACAACCACUCCGACCACAACGACUACUCCGACCACAACAACCACUCCGACUACAACAACUACUCCGACAACUACAACUACUCCGACCACAACAACUACUCCGACCACAACGACCACUCCGACUACAACAACUAAUCCGACCACAACUACUCCGACCACAACGACCACUCCGACUACAACAACUACUCCUACCACAACAACUACUCCAACUAAAACAACUACUCCGACUACAACAAUCACUCCGACAACUACAUCUACUCCGACCACAACAACAACUCCGACCACAACAACUACUCCAACCACACAGACCACUCCGACCACAACGACCACUCCGACUACAACAACUACUCCUACCACAACAACUACUCCAACUACAACAACUACUUCGACUACAACAACUACUCCGACUACAACAACCACUCCGACAACUACAACUACUCCGACUACAGCAACAACUCCGACCACAACAACUACUCCGACCACAAAGACCACUCCGACUACAACAACUACUCCAACUACAACAACUACUUCGACUACAACAACUACUCCGACUACAACAACCACUCCGACAACUACAACUACUCCGACCACAACAACAACUCCGACCACAACAACUACUCCGACCACAACGACCACUCCGACUACAACAACUACUCCUACCACAACAACUACUCCAACUACAACAACUACUUCGACUACAACAACUACUCCGACUACAACAACCACUCCUACCACAACAACUACUCCAACUACAACAACUACUUCGACUACAACAACUACUCCGACUACAAUAACCACUCCGACAACUACAACUACUCCGACCACAACAACUACUCCGACCACAACAACAACUUCGUCCACAACAACUACUCCGACCACUACAACUACUUCGACCACAUCAACAACUCCGACGACUACAACUUCUCCGACCACAACAACUGUUCCGACCACAACAACAUUUCUUUCGACCACUUCGACACCAGCUCCUACAUGUUCCAAAGUCAUUGAAUGUGGAUUUGAGCAAGGACAAACAUGUGCAUUCGAAAAUACUAAUGGCGACGAUUUCAACUGGACUUUAUAUAAAUCUGGCUCAACAUCUACCACAGACACUGGUCCUUCGUCUGCACAUAGUGGUAACCAAUAUGCCUAUAUUGAGGUCAAUGGUCAAGGACAGGACUCUUAUGCCUUUUUGAGCUCAAGGAAUACUAACCUGUUCUCUUCUUCGUUUUGCCUCAGGUUUUAUUAUCACAUGUAUGGCCAACAUAUCGGAUAUCUAGCAGUGUACUCACAAACACGCAACUCGAACUGGUGGUCCAAACCUUGGACUAGGUCCGGAAAUCAAGGAAAUCAAUGGAUAAAAGCCAGUGUGGAUAUUACUGGUAAUAUAACGUCAGGCAUUGUUAUUGAUAUCGAGGCUUCGAAAGGAGGUUCUGGUAAUAACGGUGAUAUUGCAAUUGAUGAUAUAACAUUGUGUACCGGUUCUUGUACUCCAACCACAACAACUACUCCAACCACAACAACUACUCCGACCACAACAACUACUCCAACGACAACAACUACUCCGACUACAACAACAACUCCAACCACAACAACUACUCCGACCACAACAACUACUCCAACGACAACAACUACUCCGACUACAACAACUUCUCCGACCACUACAACCACGCCGACCACAACAACUACUCCAACAACUACUCCAACAGUUCCUACAUGUUCCAACGUCAUUGAAUGUGGAUUUGAACAAGGACAAACAUGUGCAUUCGAAAAUACUAAUGACGAAGACGAAUUCGACUGGACUUUAUAUAAAUCUGGCUCAACAUUUACCACAAACACUGGUCCUUCGGCUGCACACAGUGGUAACCAAUAUGCCUAUAUUGAGGUAGAUGGUCAAGGACAGGACUCUUAUGCCUUUUUGAGCUCAAGGAAUACUAACCUGUUCUCUUCUUCCUAUUGCCUCAGAUUUUAUUAUCACAUGUAUGGCCAAAAUAUCGGAAAAUUAAAAGUGUACUCACAAAAACGCAACUCGAGCUGGUGGUCCAUUCCUUGGACUCGGUCCGGAAAUCAAGGAAAUCAAUGGAUAAAAGGUAGUGUGGAUAUUACUGGAAAUAUAGACCUAGGCAUUGUUAUUGAGUUUGAGGCUACGAAAGGAAGGUCUGGUAAUAAUGGUGAUAUUGCAAUUGAUGAUAUAACAUUGUGUGCCGGUUCUUGUAAUUAACGUAUUACACUUCUCGAUAUUGUGUGAGCUGAAAUUUCACACUAUUAUAAUUACUAUCUGUUCUAGAAAGGUACCCGAUAGUCCAGUUUAUAUUGCUCGAAAUUCUCCUUUUAAUUCUUUUUUUUUCUAUCGAAUUAUAUGUACUAAAAACCUUUAGUCGAAACAAACAGUGUUUAUAGUUUUUAAUGAAAUUUUUCUUCGUGCAUCUAUAUUUUAGA